AUGCCUUCGCUUCUCUCAUCUACCGUCGCGCUCUCGCUGGCCGGAGCUGCGUCGUGCGAAUAUCUUUUUGCCUCUCACUACAGCGGCCAAGUCUACACCUUGAACCUCACGAAUUCGAGCUCCCACUACUCGCUGGCUGUGUCCUCGGUCAUUACAGCAUGCGGUGGUCUGCCUAGCUGGCUCACUUAUGAUGCUACGGCCAAGAAUGUCUACUGCAGUGAUGAGACUAUGAGUGGAACCGGGUCGAUAUCCUCCUUCUCGGCCAACGGCAACGAUGCUCUUACCGUGACUGGCAAGACUAAUGCACCUAUCGGUGGUGUGGCCAACGUGCUGUACGGUGGUGCGACUGGUGAUGGCUAUGUGGCUAUUGCUCACUACCAAUCCUCUAAAGUCUCCACCUUCAGGCUCCCAAUCACGUCUUCUUCUCAACCACAACAAGUCUUCACCUUCACCAUGAAUGGCCACGGACCCAAUUAUGGUCGCCAGGAUGCACCACACCCUCACCACGUCGUUGUAAGCCCAAACGGCCAGUUCCUCAUGUCACCAGAUCUCGGCGCCGACCAGAUCCGCGUUUGGAGCAUCAACCAGUCCAAUGGCAAUCUGACUGCCUGCCCAAGCUACAUGGUCCCAGGCGGCACUGGACCCCGCCACGCAACCUUCGAUACCGUUUCCAAUGGGUCAAGGGUGGUGAUGUAUGUGGCCAACGAGCUCGCAAACUCUAUCAGUGUCACGCGUGUCACGUUCCCAGGCUCAGGAUGUCCCAUCUUCCAGCCACUGGAGUAUAUCAACCCCUUCCCAAACAACAAGACCGCACCUUCUGGAAGCAAAGUAGCCGAAGUUCACGUAUCCGGCACACAUCUCUACAGCACGACUCGUGUUGACAAAACAUUCUCAGGUAAUGAUUCCGUGGCUACUUGGACUAUUGAUCAGACUUCUGGUAUGCUGAACUUCGUCGACUUGCACGACUCGUGGGGUACCUACCCGAGGACUUUCUCUAUCAACAAGGCAGGUACUCUGCUCGCGGUUGGUGAUCAGACGACGGCAAAUGUGGCUAUUCUGGCAAUCAACGCAACUGGUGGGCUUAGCAGUAACCCUGUGGCAUACCUGCGUCUUGGCAGUGCUGGUUACCCGGAGAACGAGGAUGGGUUGAGCAGUGUGGUGUGGGCGGAGUAG